CAAACAUCGAUGACAGUGAUGUCGACAACAUCCGGCACGAAACCACUGUCCAUUGUGGAUCAAAGAAGAGCGACAAUUGUGCCCAUAAAUCCACCAACGGAAGAGGAUGUCGGAGAUAAAUCUUCAACAUGCGGCACAUUAUUAAUAUUCCUGUCGGUGGCACUGGUGAUUCUAACACUACCUUUUAGUUUAUUUGUCUGCUUUAAAGUGGUACAAGAAUACGAAAGAGCUGUUAUCUUUAGACUGGGACGUUUAAUGCAAGGUGGAGCCAAGGGACCGGGUAUAUUCUUCAUUCUGCCGUGCAUCGAUUCAUAUGCUCGUGUGGACUUACGUACACGUACUUAUGAUGUACCACCACAAGAGGUUUUGACUAAGGAUAGUGUGACGGUCUCGGUGGAUGCAGUGGUUUACUAUCGCGUUUCGAAUGCGACAGUUUCUAUAGCGAACGUGGAGAAUGCUCACCACUCGACACGAUUAUUGGCACAGACUACUCUACGAAACACAAUGGGAACUCGGCAUUUGCAUGAGAUACUAAGCGAGCGUGUAUCUAUAUCUGGUUCAAUGCAGGUGCAACUGGAUGAAGCAACCGAUGCCUGGGGUAUUAAAGUUGAACGUGUUGAAAUUAAGGAUGUACGAUUGCCAGUACAAUUGCAAAGGGCAAUGGCCGCCGAGGCCGAGGCGGCCCGUGAGGCUAGAGCCAAAGUUAUUGCAGCCGAAGGUGAACAAAAAGCAUCGAAAGCGCUGAGGGAAGCAUCAGAAGUGAUUGGUGGUUCACCGGCAGCAUUACAAUUAAGAUAUCUACAGACCCUAAGCACAAUAUCGGCGGAGAAAAACUCAACGAUUGUAUUUCCAUUACCCAUCGAUUUAAUAACAUAUUUCUUGAAGACAAACGAUGAGAAUACCAAGCAGAAUGCCAAAGCUGCAGCGGCAGCCAUUGCACGGUCGACGGUGGAGGCCAUAGCACAGCAACAGCAAUCGACAGCUAUGUAA